GCUAUCCGUCGGCCAUUUAGGUUGGGGAGGGGGGGAGGUCGACUGAUACUGCGCGACCCACCUUCCGUACACGACAGUGAGCACAGGAGAGCUGAGAGCUACCGGACUUACUUCUGUCGCUGCACUAACAUUUCUAGCGUGGGACCUCGUAGUACACAUUGCAGACGAGGUCUGAUGGCCUCCCGGUUGUUCUCAUUGAUCGAUUCAAGGUUGAGUUGAUCUGGCGGUAAGACUAUCGCACUAUACAUUUAAUGUCAUCGCGAUUAUCCGAUGGCCUAGAAGCUGGGUCAAGCUUCUCUACUGUUUCAUUCGUUACUGCCCAAUAAUCGCGGAGAUCGUUGUCUUCGGUAUCUUUUUCCAGCCAAUGUACCGUCCCGGGACCCAUUUCUCCUAUGCAACCUGUCAAACUUCGGCCUUGAUAGCGUCUAUACUGCAGCAAUGCAUCAUUGUCGCGGUUUCCAUAAUCUCGAUCGUCAGAGUAUACAUUCUGUUCGAUAGAGAGAGAUGGCUCCUUGCGACUCUCAUAAUCCUAUUCGUGUGCAGCAUCGCCAUGACCUGGUUAGCAAUCAUGAUGCAUGCAUCCAAAUUCCGAUACGAUGCGCUCUGUCUAUCUUCUUUCGCUCCGAAGGCAACCGUCAUUGCAUGGAUAAUGCCCGUCGUGUUUGAAGCAAUGCUAUGCAUUUUUGUGCUCGUCAAGUUCAUGCAAAGUAGAAGACGUGGCCUCGGGGACCAGCCAAUCCUUACUGUACUGAUUCGAGAUGGAAUAUGGCCGUUCGGCCUUAUCUUAGCCGUUGACCUCUUGGCCAUAUUGUUCCACUCCGUCUUUGAAGAACCUCUCUCUGCUGGAUUUAACUUCUGGGCGAUGUCUGUGUACUCGUUCGCGGGAUCCCAUGUCUUGCUCAACCUAAGGAGAGUGGCUAUUCCUGUCACGAACCACAGCACUGCUGCAAAUACUUCGCAAACCGAGUUGGAGCUCGGUGUCUCGUCUGAUUUGGUGUUUGGCGCAUCAAUGCCUGCACCCAACGAAAUUGAGUUGAGUGAGGAUCUUAACAUGCAGGACAAUCCCGAACAGAGUUAAGCCCCGCGCGUGUCCGAAUGCCAGGUAGCUAGUAUUUGAGAGUCAAAUUGGCUAUUCAUUUGCUGCAGAAAUAUCAUAAAACACUCUGUUAUUUUGUCAGUAUCCAUAUCCACUUCUAAUUCUUUACUUCUCCGCACCAUUAUCGGAGGAUGUUCUAUUAGGGUGCAGCGACC